AUAAUACUAAGUAGUAAAGAUAUAAAAAGCUAAGAGGCACCAUGGUCCCAACUGCAGAAGUUUAUAACCUAGCUGAGGAGAUGAGGGUAUAAUGGUAAAGUAAUUAUACUGGUUCCACAAAACAUACCCCAUACCAAUUUAUGGUUUAUAUUUCCUCCAAAAGCUGUAAUACCCUAGGUAGCAUAGACCAAGAGUCACAAGCAGAACUAAGUGGAGUGGGUGAGUCUUGGUUUGUGGGUGGGUUGUGUCUUCACUUGUUCAGACUCUUUGAGUAGGUGGGGAAAUGGUAUCACUGUUAUCAACUCUUUCGUUUUCCAUAUUCCGGAUUGAGAUAAGUAAGGUUAGGAAGUAAAAAGAAUCUAUUUCCCAGUCCUAUCUUCUAUUCCAAACUCGGAGAAAGCAUUAUUGCUUCCAACAACAAAGGACAGAAAAAAAGGAAUAGAAAGAAAUGACAGAAAGUCAAGAGUUAUGUUCCCUUUGGAAACUGAGAUGAUGCCUCCAGGGGGCAGCACCAAGGCAGAGAAAUACACUAAAAUCUCUCAUUCCUCCUUUCCUUGGGCUAGGACUCCCCACAGUUCCCCACCAUCACUCCUCCCAUUCCUUCCAACUUUAUUUUUAGCUGCCGGUGGGAGGGGGCAGGAUGGGAGGGAAAGUAAAGAAAACAGAGAAGGAGAGGGACAGAGGCAGAGAGGACUUCUCACACGGACAGAGAACAUCAAGGCAUGGAAUUCCCCCUCAUCCCUCACCUGUUCUUGCCCCUGAUGUUCCUGACAGGUGAGGGAGGUUAACUUCUUGGUUUCUGGUGGGAAUGGAAGAUCCACAGAUUUUUGGCCUUGGGACCUUUACGGUUAAAAUUCUUUGGGAGUUAGGUGGAGAGGUUAACUGGUUCUAUGUUGUGUGUGUGUGUGUGUGUGUGUAUGUAUGUACAUGCGUGCGCAUGCAUGCAUGGGUUUGUGUUCUCAUGCCCACACAUAUGACUGCCUGGCAAAGGCUGAAGCUGUCCACUGCCUUGUGUAAUAUUUGUGUCCAAUUAUAUAAAACUUUGUCCUAAACCUUGGAGUCGACCAAAAAGAAACAUGAUGUGAACUUCCACGUGGCUAGUCUGAUUACUAUUACCCGCCCCCACCCCUCCCUAAUUCUCCCUAUCCUUGGUGGUCUAUGGGCUCCUGAGGCAUAAACUAGCUAACAGUGUGGUCAGAACUCUGGGUUUAUCUAACCAAUGAGCUACAGUUACUGGUCAUACAGCCCUACCAGCUUCCCAGAUGCUGUAAGGCUCACAUACAAAAUAUCUUUCUGAAAAUAAGCAUGUUUUGAGACAGAGCAAUAGCCAUUGGUGAAAGUGGUGGUGGGGUGGCCUGAGAGGGGUUACUUGAAGGAGCAAGUCUCAGGGAAAGAAGCAUGGGAGGGACAAGAGGCCUGGAAUUUUUCCACAUCAGUGCCCUGUAAUCUUUGUUUCCUAAAAUACCAGCUCUGAUUUUAAGCGGGUUGGGGUUGGGAGGGAAGAGUCAGCCAGGACAUGAUUGCAGGGGUCUUCAGAGUGGGCUGAGAGUUAAGGAAGAAAUGCAAGCAGGCAGGGGGCAUCAGGAGGGGGAUGAGUUAGGAAGCAGAUGGUGAGAAACUUUGAGAGUGAUGGGACCCUUGGAAAGAAUGGAUGGCAGACCAUGUGUGUAGGCAGGCAAGUGGCUCCACCCAGUUAAUUGCCACUGAGGAUUCCAGGGCUGGAAUCAACCAGAGACCUAGACACUGGAGAAAGAGAGUAAGAGAGUAACAAUGAUACUGGGAGUCAAGAAGAAACGAGACCCAAACAUGCAGUGUUCUCUAACCUCCUCUUGUUCUCCCUAUGGUCCUGGGUUUGGGUAGAAUUUGGAAAGAAUAGUUUUUGUGGGGCUGCAGAAAGGCAACCCUCACUUGGCCUGGAGAGGAGGAUGUGUAGGAGGAAUGAUGUAGAAAAGAGGAAGUUGCCUCUUCCAGGCAUGUCUGUGAAUGAGAUUUCAAGGAUAGGAAUGGAAAUACAGCUGUGCAACAGCAUGGCAGAGGGCCACAGCUUAGACAUCUCUACCCAAACACAGGAAGGAAAUCAUCCUUGCUUGGAGCUCUGAGUGCAUGACAUUGAUGGAGUCCAGGGCAGCUUGUAAGACGAAGGGAGUUAGGCUGAGAUCAGUAUGUUCCCUUUGCAGCUUCCCUCUGGCUUUUCCUCUGUGUACUCAUUAGCCUUUCUGACUGCUUCCUGCUAACCUUAUGAUCCUGGCCCCCCCAGGUCUCUGCUCCUCCUUUAACCUGGAUGUGCAUCGUCCACGCCUAUUUCUAGGCCCACCGGAGGCUGAAUUUGGAUACAGUGUCUUACAACAUGUUGGGGGUGGACGACAAUGGUGACCAUCCACUGGGAAAUUCAUCUCGUCCUGCUGUGAAUAUGCACCUGGGGAUGUCUCUGUUAGAGACAGAUGGCAAUGGGGGAUUCAUGGCUUGCGCCCCUCUCUGGUCUCGUGCUUGUGGCUCAUCUGUCUUCAGUUCUGGAAUAUGUGCCCGUGUAGAUGCUUCAUUCCGGCCCCAGGGAAGCCUGGCACCCACCGCACAACGCUGCCCCACAUACAUGGAUGUCGUCAUUGUCUUGGAUGGCUCCAACAGCAUCUACCCUUGGUCUGAAGUUCAGACCUUCCUACGAAGACUGGUAGGGAGAUUGUUUAUUGACCCGGAACAGAUACAGGUGGGGCUGGUACAGUAUGGAGAGAGCUCUGUCCACGAGUGGUCCCUGGGAGAUUUCCGAACCAAGGAAGAAGUGGUGAGAGCAGCAAGGAACCUGAGCCGGCGAGAGGGACGAGAAACAAAGACUGCUCAAGCAAUAAUGAUGGCCUGCACAGAAGGAUUCAGUCAGUCCCGCGGGGGCCGACCAGAGGCUGCCAGGCUACUGGUGGUUGUCACUGAUGGAGAGUCCCAUGACGGAGAAGAGCUUCCCACAGCACUACAGGCCUGUGAGGCUGGAAGAGUGACACGCUAUGGGAUUGCUGUCCUUGGUCACUACCUCCGGCGGCAGCGAGACCCCAGUUCUUUCCUGCGAGAAAUCAGAGCUAUUGCCAGUGAUCCAGACGAGAAAUUCUUCUUCAAUGUCACAGAUGAAGCGGCACUGACUGACAUUGUGGAUGCAUUAGGGGAUCGGAUUUUUGGCCUUGAGGGGUCCCAUGGAGAAAAUGAAAGCUCCUUUGGGCUGGAAAUGUCUCAGAUUGGUUUUUCUACUCAUCAGCUAAAGGAUGGGAUUCUCUUUGGAAUGGUGGGGGCUUAUGACUGGGGGGGCUCAGUGUUAUGGCUUGAAGAAGGUCGCCGCCUCUUCCCACCACGGACAGCCCUGGAAGAUGAGUUCCCCCCUGCAUUGCAGAACCAUGCAGCCUACCUGGGUUACUCUGUUUCCUCCAUGUUUUUGCGGGGUGGUCGCCGCCUCUUUCUCUCAGGGGCUCCUCGGUUUAGUCAUCGAGGAAAGGUCAUCGCCUUCCAACUUAAGAAAGAUGGGGCUGUGAGGGUCGCCCAGAGCCUCCAGGGGGAGCAGAUUGGCUCGUACUUUGGCAGCGAACUCUGCCCAUUGGACAUUGAUGGGGAUGGAACAACUGAUGUCUUACUUGUAGCUGCCCCCAUGUUCCUGGGGCCCCAGAACAAGGAGACAGGACGUGUUUAUGUGUAUCUAGUGGGCCAGCACCUUCGGUCUUCUCCUCACCGCCACCAGCCGUCCUUGCUGACACUCCAGAGAACACUUCAGCCAGAAUCCCCCCAGGAUGCUCGGUUUGGCUUUGCCAUGGGUGCUCUUCCUGAUUUGAACCAAGAUGGUUUUGCUGAUGUGGCUGUGGGGGCGCCGCUGGAGGAUGGGCACCGUGGAGCCCUGUACCUCUAUCACGGGGCCCAGAGAGGAGUCAGGCCGCGUCCUGCACAGCGGAUUGCCGCUGUCUCCAUGCCGCAGGCCCUCAGCUACUUUGGCCGAAGUGUGGAUGGCCGGCUGGAUCUAGAUGGUGAUGACCUGGUCGAUGUGGCUGUGGGUGCCCAAGGGGCAGCCAUCCUGCUCAGCUCCCGGCCCAUUGUCCACCUGGCCCCUUCACUAGAUGUGACCCCGCCUGCCAUCAGCGUGGUUCAGAGGGACUGUAAGCGGCGAGGCCAGGAGGCAACCUGCCUGUCCGCAGCCCUUUGCUUCCAAGUGACCUCCCGCACUCCUGGCCACUGGGAUCGCCGAUUCCAUGUGCGGUUCACAGCAUCGCUGGAUGAGUGGACAACCGCAGCCCGGGCAGCAUUUGACGGCUCUGGCCAGAGGCUGUCCCCUCGGCGGCUCCGGCUCAGUGUGGGGAACACCACUUGUGAGCAACUGCACUUCCACGUGCUGGAUACGUCAGAUUACCUCCGGCCAGUGUCCUUGACUGUGACCUUUGCUUUGGACAACACCACAAAGCCAGGGCCCGUGCUGGAUGAGGGCUCACCCACCUCCAUCCGAAAGCUGGUGCCCUUCUCCAAGGACUGUGGCCCUGAUAAUGAAUGUGUCACAGAUUUGGUACUUCAAGCUAAUAUGGACAUCAGAGGCUCCAGGAAGGACCCGUUCGUGGUUCGAGGGGGUCGGCGGAAAGUGCUGGUGUCAGCAACUCUGGAGAACAAGAAGGAGAAUGCCUACAACACUAGCCUGAGUCUCAACUUUUCCAGAAACCUCCACCUAUCCAGUUUCACUCCGCAGAGCAACAGCCCAGUGAAGGUGGAGUGUGCAGCCCCCACCCCGCAUGCCCGGCUCUGCAACGUGGGGCAUCCUGUCUUCCAGACGGGAGCCAAGGUGACCUUCCUGCUAGAGUUUGAGUUUAGUUGCUCCUUUCUCCUGAGCCAGGUCCUUGUGAGGCUGACGGCCACCAGCAGUAGCCUGGAGAGAAACGGAACUCUUCGAGAUAACACAGCCCAGACCUCAGCCUACAUUCAGUAUGAGCCUCACCUCCUAUUCUCCAGUGAGUCCACUCUGCACCGCUAUGAGGUCCACCCAUAUGGAACCCUCCCAGUGGGCCCUGGCCCUGAAUUCAAAACCACUCUUAGGGUUCAGAACCUUGGCUGCUAUGUGGUCAGAGGCCUCAUUGUCUCAGCCCUCCUUCCAGCUGUGGCCUAUGGGGGCAAUUACUUCCUGUCACUGUCUCAAGUCAUCACUAACAAUGCCAGCUGCACAGUGCAGAACCUGACCGAACCCCCAGGGCCACCUGUGCAUCCAGAGGAGCUUCAGCACACAAGCAGGCUGAAUGAGAGCAAUACCCGCUGCCAGGUUGUGAGGUGCCACCUUGGGCGGCUGGCAAAGGGGACCGAGAUCUCUGUUGGACUGCUGAGGCUGGUUCACAAUGAAUUUUUCCGGAGGGCCAAAUUCAAGUCUCUGACAGUGGUCAGCACCUUCGAACUGAGCACCGAGGAGGGCAGCGUCCUAUUGCUGACUGAAGCCUCCCGGUGGAGCGAGAGCCUCCUGGAGGUGAUUCAGUCCCGCCCUGUCCUCAUCUCUCUGUGGAUCCUCAUUGGCAGUGUCCUGGGAGGGCUGCUCCUGCUUGCUCUCCUUGUUUUCUGCCUUUGGAAGCUUGGCUUCUUUGCCCGGAAGAAAAUCCCUGAGGAAGAAAAAAGAGAAGAUAAAUUGGAGCAAUGAACGUAGAAUAAAGUCCAUAAAGACCUCUCCUGCAGCUUCUCCAAAAGACUUGCCUAAGAGCAGAAGUUUGAGGGCUCAGAUGGUACAAGAGGAAGAAAGCCUCUGGACUGUCUCCCCAGACCUGCAGCCUGACUUGACUUUUGAGUCAUGAGGAUGCUGCUGGCAAGAGAUGAGGCCUCACCUCAGACAAGAAGGGCUGGCACUAAAACCAGGAACAUUCCCACCCUGUGCUUCCCACUUGUGAUCCUGGCUCCAGAGCUUACACUGGGGCCUUAGUGUAGGGCCCCCUUUUUCCCCUGUCCCUGAGAAUCAGCAUUUUUUUGCCUAGGUCCCUGACUUCUUUCAGAUUCCCACACUACAUCUUCUCUCACGGUUUGGAAAGGACGAGGGUUAUCUUCCACCAUUCCCCCAUCUCUCACCUUCCUGCCUUCUCCCCACUCCACAGGAGUGCGCUGACGUUGGCUUGCACGAAGUAAAGUCAACAUCUGCUGCUUUCCUGUGGAGUCUGGUGAUUCAGAGGGCCGGAUGGGGAGAGUCAACAGGAAAAAAGGAGGGAGGAGGAAAAGCCACAAGAGACAUUCUGUACAAUUCCAAGAAACAGAGAAGCCUUUAGACAGGCAACUGCCAUUCCCCCUGAAACCCGAGACUUUCGUGGUGCAGUCGCCCGCGCUUGCCCGCCCUCAGGUGCUGGUGAAAGGGAACUGCUCCAGGCCUGCUGGGCAAGGGUUUCCCAGCUCUGCAGCCUUCCCUGGGAGCAAAGCCAGGGCUGGGUCCCGGAUUCUCUGGAGCCAGGGGCCCCCAUGUGGCUAGAGCUGGAAUAACAGGGAAGACUGGAUGCCCCAGGUGGUUUUUCUUCUCAGGCCACACACCCUCUUGAGCCCUCCUUGGAGCCUCCUUAUAGAAACUAGAGAGAAGGGACAGAAUUGCUGCUUGAUGGUAGGAAACCCUUUCACCUUACUAGAUUUGGGAGGCAGCAGCUCCAAGGGGUCUGAACAAGUGGGGUCUGAAUUAAGGAAGAAGCUGAAGAAGGUGGCAAGAGGUCUCUGGGAAGCAAGCCCUUACCUGUUUGGCACUGGUUAUAUAGCACAAAUAGCUCCUAGGAAAUAUUUCUGGGGCAUCUCCAGCCAUACCUUGUGAGGCUUCUCUGGUGGCAUCAGUUUACCAGCCCUUGCUUGAUGUUUACUGGAAAUUCCCAAAUUAAUUUCUAUCUCUGAACAACCCCCACCCCCAACUCCCCCUUUUUGGUCAUGGCCAGUAAAGAGAAGUGGAUUCUCCUUGACAGUUGGGUAACUUGCAGUUCUUUGCAACCAAGACUCUGGAUACCAAAGUCAGAUAUUGGUUUCCAGAGAGCAGCUCUGACAGUCACUUGGAGAAUCAACACCCAUUUACAGCCAAGGAGAGAGGGGACCUGACCAGGCAGUUGACUAGCAGCCACAGAUUCUCCUCCAGGGCUGUUCUUGAGAUCUUGUGAGAGGGUUUAUUUUGACUUGUCUCUGACCUUUUACAGACAGCACUGUCUCUGUUUCCUAAAAAGGUGGACAGUUUAUCAGAUGGUCAGAACAAAUAAAAUUCAGUAUCAAAUGA